CACGCCGGCGGCUAGGGCAGUGGGCGCUGGGCUGGGGCGCCGGAGCCCAGCCCUACGUGCGCUGGGUUCGGGGAGGCAGCCCCUGGCACUGUGGAUAGAGGGACUGUUUGCUCAGACACAUGUUGCUGCUGGGGCAAGACCCUGAAGGCUGAGGAGUCAGCGGGAUGCCGGGUCUGCUGAACCAGACCACGGGGGCGGCCCUGCCCCUCACUGCCUCUGACGUCACCUCCUUCGUCAGUGGUUAUGCCCUGGGUCUGACCGCCUCCCUCACCUACGGCAAUCUGGAAGCCCAGCCCUUCCAGGGCCUCUUCGUGUACCCACUGGAUGAGUACACCACGGUGAUCGGCUUUGAGGCAGUCAUUGCUGACCGGGUCGUAACAGUACAGAUUAAAGACAAAGCCAAGAUGGAGAGUGGUCACUUCAAUCCCAACCGCAUUCGAGCCGCAACUUUCACAGGAAACCUUCUGCAAGAAGGGGUCUCCGCCACCCCUCCUUCCUACACACUGGGAAGGCUGGCUUUGGAUGAGGAUUUGGAGCGGAUCCUGUUCGUGGUCAACCUGGGGACCAUUGGCCCGAUGGAGAACGUCACUGUCUUCAUCAGCACCUCCUCAGAGCUCCCCACUCUGCCCAGCGGGGCUGUGCGGGUCCUGCUGCCGGCUGUCUGCGCCCCAACUGUGCCCCAGUUCUGCACGGAGAGCACUGGCCCCUCCAAUCAACAGGCCCAAAGCAAAGCCAGGCAUUGCUUCGGCACCCGGGCCCUGGACUCCUGGAACAAGCUGUGCCUGGAGACUCUCCUGGACACUGACGUGUCCAACCCCAUGGAAUAUGAGUUCAACUUCCAGCUGGAAAUCCGUGGGCCGUGCCUGCUCGCAGGUGUGGAGAGUCCCACCCACGAGAUCCGAGCGGACGCCGCCCCAUCCGCCUGCUCAGCCAAGAGUAUCAUUAUCACUUUGGCCAACAGGCACACCUUCGACCGGCCGGUGGAGAUCCUCAUCCACCCCAGCGAGCCCCACAUGCCACAUGUUCUGAUGGAGAAAGGGGACAUGACCCUGGGAGAGUUUGACCAACACUUGAAAAGAAGAACAGAUUUCAUUAAAGGCAUGAAGAAGGACAGCAGUGCAGAGCGAAAGACAGAAAUCAUCCGGAAACGCCUCCACAAGGACAUUCCCCACCACUCUGUCAUCAUGCUCAAUUUCUGUCCUGACCUCCAGUCAGUCCAGCCGAACCUAAGAAAGACCCAUGGCGAGUUUAUCUUCCUCAUUGACAGGAGCGGCAGCAUGAAUGGGACCAACAUCCACCGUGUCAAGGACGCCAUGGUAGUGGCUCUUAAGAGUCUCAUGCCAGCCUGCCUCUUCAAUGUCAUUGGGUUUGGAUCCACAUUUAAGACCCUCUUCCCUUCCAGUCAGACCUACAGUGAGGAGAGCUUGGCCAUGGCCUGUGAUAACAUUCAGAGAAUGCGGGCUGACAUGGGUGGCACCAACAUCCUGUCGCCGCUCAAGUGGAUCAUGCGACAGCCAGUGCACCAAGGCCACCCGCGGCUUCUCUUCCUGAUCACAGACGGGGCAGUCAGCAACACCGGCAAGGUGCUGGAGCUGGUGCGAAACCAUGCCUUCUCCACCAGGUGCUACAGCUUUGGAAUUGGACCCAACGUCUGCCAUAGGCUGGUGAAAGGCCUGGCAACCGUGUCCAAGGGCAGUGCCGAGUUCCUGGCGGAGGGGGAGCGGCUGCAACCCAAGAUGGUCAAAUCCCUGAAGAAGGCCAUGGCCCCAGUCCUGAGUGAUGUGACCGUGGAGUGGGUCUUCCCUGAGACCACUGAAGUCCUCAUCUCGCCUGUCAGCACCAGCACCCUCUUCCCCGGAGAACGGCUGGUGGGGUAUGGCAUUGUGUGUGAUGUCUCCUUAUACAUCUCCAAUUCCAGAUCCGACAAGGACAGACGAUAUAGCAUGCUGCAUUCUCAGGAGUCCGGAAGCUCUGUCUUCUACCAUUCACAGGAUGAGGGGCCUGGCCCAGACAGUGGAGAUUGUGCCAAGAGCUUGGGGACACCCUUCAACUCAAGGCAGGACAAAGAUGCCCAGCCAUCCAAGGGAAGCUCCACUACCAAUCCUGGUCUGGACCACUCCCAAAGACGGCGGGCAUAUAGCACCAACCAGAUCACCAACCACAAGCCCUACCCAAGGUCCACCACAGCCAGCGACCCCACGAUGGCUGCUAGGAGAUACCCACUGCGGAAAGCCAAGCUGCAGGACCUCACGAACCAGACCAGCUUGGAUGCCCCACGGUGGCAGAUUGAUUUGCAGCCCUUCCUGAACAGUGGCCCGGACCUGAGCCAGGGCCCCAAACUCCAUGGCCCAGGGGCCCGCCGGCCUUCUCUGCUGCCCCAAGGCUGCCAGCCCUUCCUGCCCUAUAGCCAGGAGACCCCGGCCUGGAGCCCCAUGAGAGAGCUGGAUCUUGGGUCCAGUCUGAAGCCUGCCUCAGACUACCGCAGCCCUGGGGACCUGGAGCCGUCCCAUCACCCCUCCGCCUUCGAGAGCCAAACGUCUUCGGACUGGGAGACCCUGGCCGAGUCCGAGGACCAGGCCAGUCGUGGCCGGCCCGCCACCCCAGACCCCGUGCUGGGCAAGGCCGUGGUCAAGGGUCUGCGCGACAGCCAACGUCUGCAGUGGGAGGUGACCUUUGAGCUGGGGCCCCCCGGCCCAGAGCGCGGCGGCGGGCGCGACGCCGACCUGUGGAGCGAGACCUUCCACCACCUGGCGGCCCGCGCCAUUAUCCGCGACUUCGAGCAGCUGGCGGAGCGCGAGGGGGAAAUCGAGCAAGGGUCCAGCCGUCGCUACCACGUGAAUGCCGUGCACACCAGCAAAGCCUGUAACAUCAUCAGCAAGUACACGGCCUACGUGCCCGUGGACCUGAGCAAGAGCUGGUACCUGCCCACCGUGGUGGCAUAUCCCAACUCCGGUGCUGCAUUGCGGAUGGUCAGCUCUCGGGUCCUGACCCGGCAGUGGAGGGGCCCCUCUGCUGGCUUCGGACAGUCCCAGACCAUGCUCAGGGAAGACUCGGCAGCAGGAGACGGCAAAUUUCAGAACCUAAAUGUGAAGGAAAGCCCCACUGCGCUCUCCACUGAGACCGUGUCCCCAGGUUACAAGAUGUACGCUGCUUCUGAAGGUCCCCUGCACAGUCUGGCCACCAAUACCCUUUCUUCCUUGAAGGCCUCCGAGACCCUCUUUGGAACCAGGCUGAAUCUCAGAAAGUCCAGGCUCCUGACACGAGCGGCCAGGGGCUUCCUGAGCAAGCCGCUGACCAAGGCUCCAGAGUCGACUCCCGGGAGCCAGAGCUUCGACUACGUCCCACUGGUAUCUCUGCAGCUGGCUUCCGGAGCCUUCCUGCUCAACCAAGCCUUCUGUGAGGCUAUCCACAUCCCCAUGGACAAGCUCAAGUGGACCUCGCCCUUCUCCUGCCACCGAGUGUCCCUCACCACCCGCCAGCCUGCGUCUAAGACCCCCUGUCCCCAGCUGUGCACCAGCCCCUCACCUGAGCACGCCUCCUGUGACACCUUCUCCCCCGAGCCUGUGGCAGAGGGCAGGCCCAGCUGGGAGCUCAGGGCUGUGAUAGAACACACAGGGAAACUGUGGGCCACAGUGGUGGCACUGGCAUGGCUGGAGCACAGCUCGGCCUCCUACUUCAUCGAGUGGGAGCUUGUGGCUGCCAAGGCCAGCUGGUGGCUGGAGCAGCAGGAAGUGCCCGAGGGCCGCACACGGGGCACGCUCAAGGCUGCUGCCCUCCAGCUGUUCAUUCUCCUGCGACACUGGGAUGAGAACCUGGAGUUCAAUAUGCUCUGCUAUAAUCCGAAUUACGUGUAGUAGGGGAGGAGGAGGCUGGGGUAGGGAAGGAGAAGGAGGGGACCCUUUGGGCCUGGUGGGGAGAACUGUGGAAGCUAUAGCCAAUAUACGGGUUGCUAAAAAGAGCUCUGGACUGGCAAUCAGAAGGCCUGAAUUCAAUACCAAUGUUGCUACUACCUACCUGUGCAACUUUAGGCCAGCUCAUGCCCCUGUCUGGGCCUCAGUUUCCCCACCUGUAAAACCAGUGGGUGAAGUGAAGGAGUUGGACUAGAUGUCUAGAAGGUUCCAAGCUUCCUUUCUGCCCAGACACACAGGCAGCUGUGGGGUUUACUGCCACUUGGGGGUGGGAAGAGAAUACAACUUAAACCUGAGUUCUCCCCGGAGGAGGACCAAAUAUCAGGGUGGAUGGGUGAACCCAAAGACCGCAAGUAACGGGAAACCACCUCUGCCUGCUGCACUGUGGGACAGGUACUUGUCUUCAUGGUGACAGUCCAGGACCCCUAAAUUCGACUUACAAACCAACUGGACAACCAUCCUUCCCAAUACUUUACAAAAGAGUUACCCAGGGGCCUUUGCUUUGGGCUUGAAAGCCCUUUGUCUAUUUUAAUAUCGGUUUGCAAAUUAUUUGUGACUUCCUGUCUAAGAAGCAGAAGUGGGCAAGACGAGGGGAGACACCCUGCCAGCUGAGGUGUUAGAAUUAAGCCGCGGUCUGGGCAAACAACAGUCCCAACAGGAUAGAUGUGGUCACAGAAGUCAGUGGAGAAACCAGACAACACCUUAAAUAAUUUACACACUUUAGGAAUGGUGUAGCGCAGACUCUAUCCACUCGUGCUGAGGGGCUAGAGAGACACCCUGUGCUGUGCCAGCUGCAUUCUGGGCCAGUGGGGCCCUGUCGAGGCCACACUGGGGGGGAAAGAGGCCUUCUUUGCCACAGAGAAGUGCAUGGGGCUGCAGUGCAUGGGGGCAGCAGUUUCAACCAGGGGACGUGACUUAUUCAGUGAAAUGAAAGACUCUUGAAGCUUCAAGGCAGAGAGGCCCUGGGGCCUUCCCUCUCUCAGGCCCACCACGUGAUGUGGCCCACCACGUGACGCCACAUCGUGACGGCUCUGUUACAGCCUUAGCUUCCAUUCUGGCCGCUGCCUAAUCAUCUCUGCCUCUCAUACUCCCCUGGACCUCACCAAGGAAGCCCACCGGCUUGGGACCCCAGACUGAAUCCACACACGCCGUACACCCCACCUCUCCAAAGCCUUAACCCCUCCUCAUAAAGUGGUCCCGUUGGGCCCCACAGCCGUGGUGCCACGCCCCCACAGACGGCCCCCUUCCAAGAGAUCUGGGAGGACCCAUGCAUCAAAGUGACUUGUGGAGGACUUGUGGGCUCUGGCACAAGUCCCAGGCUCAUGAAGACUCGAGAAAUGCCCAGUCUUCCGCAGGAGCUGAGGGAGAGAGGAGAUCGAGCAGAACACCCCCUGGGUAUGGAGACCAGGCAGCCCCAACAGCAUGGGCCCACCCUCCAUGCAGGGCCCUGCCCUGCCCUCCUGCUGUGCUGCAGCGUCUGGGGGGGGGGGCUCACUGCACCAGCCCCUCUGAGGCUCUCACAAAAACCUGGAGAUCCAUCUCCAAGGAAGGGGAUGGGGCUGGAGACCUAACAUAAAAUCCUAUCAGCUGCUCAGCUGACUUCUGUUCUCACCCACUGGGCAGGAACCCAGCCAGUCAAUCACCAACACGUGGCCGCACGACCCCAGGUAGGACAGGAUGCCAGUAGGAGGUGUUGGCUCCCCACGAGGGAUAACAGCUUUAGGCUCUCUUGUUCAAAGCCUUGAGCAGGUAUGAGGACAGCCUUGUCAUUUCCCUGCUCACCUCCUCCCCCCAAAAUAACACGGCUGCGGCUAUGCAUCCAGCAGCCCCAGCUUCAGGGUAAGGAGGGAAGGGCGUGGCAUCCCCUUCGUGGCCGACCAUUCAUGGAAAUAGUGUCAGGCGGAGAGUUGGAACACCUGGCCCUAGUUUGGGCAAGUGGCAUGCCUUCUCUCGGUGCCCGGGAGCUGGGGGCUUCUCCCUGCUCUGACUUUCCCAGAUUCUCUGCCUCUGAGCUGUCUUCCUUUUAGUGAUCAUGGAUUUGCUCUAAUUGUCUGGGUGACCUUGCCCAAGUCACAUAUGCUCUCUGAGCCUCUUUCCUCCUCUAACACAACCACGUUGAACUGGGCUGGCCAGCCUCCUGAUUGACCCGACUCUGGGUCUCCAGACCGAGAAUGACAGGGUGGUCAAGGUGGCCCAGCACCUGCCCACUGUGGAACGAGACACCUGAAAGGAGUACCCGAGAAACCCAGCAAGGCUGUGGGUCCACCCUUGUCUCCAGGGAACAUACUCAGACCCUGCCCCAGUAGCAGCUGCUGGAGCGCUGGACAACAUUGAUGCACAAGCAGAUGGCUGACCUCUGCCCUCCCUGGCUGCCCUGCCCAGACCCAAAGGUGCAGAGGAACAAGUCCUCAUUGAUUUCAAAUAACCCAAGGGCUUUGGGGGCCAUCUGGACAAGAGACAAUUUUUAAAGAACUUCAGUGCUUUUGCAAUGGCACACGGUAUCAGGAAUCUGCCCCCAGGAUUGCCAAGCAGAGGACUUAAGGGACUAGCUUUAAAGAAAAGACAACCUUAGGUACUUAGCACAUGCAUCGAAGCGAAAGUGGUUCCAAAGAUUCUCAAGUAGGCGAAACAUCGCCCCUGCCAACGGGAUUAAUUUGGAUUCAUCUGGAUUCUUUGUUAAACUAGCCCUUGCUUUCUAGGUCAUGCAAAGGGAAUUUUGUGCCCAACCUGGCUGAAGAAUUAGUGGCACUGUCCAAGGAAGCCGGGCCUUUAGUGGGAAGAACAGUGAUCCUAGAGCUGGGGGAAUUUAAGUGUGGGUCUAACCACCACCACCAACCACUGUGCUGUGUGACUUUUGGCAAGUUGCUUGCUUUCUCUGGGCCCAUUUCAUCUUUUGUAGAAUGAUGAGGUUACACUAGAUCAGCAUUUCCAAAACUAUUCCUUGGUUAGUAUGUGAAUUAGCAAUUCAUGAGAAACUAUCCUGUGGGCAAAUAUGCUGGGGAAACACUAGGAAAACAGAUUUCUUUAGGUCAGGAUGACCCGGUCCCAAGAAUACGUGAAUGUGUAUUGUCAGUCUCCAAUGAGGUCAUUCAGAAGGUCUUCUCUCCCCAGGUUAUUCAGUCUGAAAAAUGCUGGUCUAGAUCUUCUUUAGGGUUCUUUGGGUACUGACCUUCAAAAAGCUUUUAGUGAGAGCCUACUAUAUGCCAGGCAUACUGGCGUAGCACAGUGAACACAUCAGGUCCUUUUUGGAGCUCAGUGAGAAGCGUGUAAAGAAUGUCUGCUCCACGAACCACCUCCCCACUCUCUGGAGUUCCAGGUGCAUGUGUCUGGACUGGCCAUAUCCCCAACCUGUGGUCCUACCACCUGGGGGCGUGGCCUCAGACCAGCACUGUCCAGGCACAUUCGCACUAAUGACCAGCCCCCCUGAGCUCUCUGACACUCAGUGACGGUGUGAGGAAAGCUGACCACAGAAGCACCUGGUACUGUGCAGCCAGAGUGGAGGCAGCGUGGGACUCUGGCAGGAGCUCCUGCUGGGGGCCCCCUUGUCCAGGUGGAGCAGGGGAGUCCCUGCAAGUAAGCACCCCAUGGCUCCAGCCUCCUGCCACACUCACAGGCAAGGUCCUCUAAGGAGCUAAGGAGACCAUCUCCAGAUCUCUGGCAAAGUGCGCCCCACACUUAGGCAGACUUACACUGGACUUGUAAAUCAGCAGCACCCGUCUCCAGCUGGUACUUGUGUUUUCCCAAACUGUCCCCUGCCUGUGGACAAAACAAAUGUCAUUACUGUCCCCCACUGCUAUGACUAAUGAAUGGAGUUCCAAGACUAGCUGCUGGUGGGCUUUCACCUGCUCCUCAGGCAUUUGAGAAAG